CAACACCAACUCUUGGUCUGCUAAUGCGCUGCUGUUAACAAUAAUUCUCGCUCAGAGCGCAUAUUCAAAAACAUGCCGCUUGUCAGGAAGCUCCUGAUCUUCGCUGCCGGCGAUGGGCUCGUGCUCCAGCCCCGCUCACAUCCUCACGCACAGCAACAGCAGGCUAUAAAGAUCGACUACAAGGGCAACGUUGGGCCCCUGCUCAAGAAUGACCAUAAUGAUGAUAGCACACUGUCGUCUUUUGAAUCGCACGGGGUCGUAGGGCUCCUCAAGAUUGCUACCUCGGUCUUCCUGAUUUCGAUAUGCGGCCGCGAACAAGUCGCACAAGUACGCGACAAGCCCAUCUAUAAGAUCACCGAUGUCGCCCUAAUCCCUCUCGCGUCACAAUCCGAAGCCGACAAAGCCAUCACGUCCACGCGAGAACACCUACAGCGACACAACAAGCCAAGAGGAACAGAGGACGAUACAGACAGCGAGAGCGAGGAUGACGCACCUAGCGUCACAGACUCUUUGGUAGAGGAAGCAGCGCAUGCUCAAACGGAGGUCAAGGAUCCUGUCACAGGCCAGAGAGGGCCUGCAGACAAGAGAUCUAGUGUCGCCGAGGAUGUCAUGCAAAAGAAGGGUGUGUAUGGACGCUUCGCCGACAAGUGGUUUUCGCGCAAGGGUUGGAGCGCAGAAAGCAGACGUACUCAGGGCCUGAGCUCAGAGGAGGAUCUUGCUGCAAAGAACGUACCCAAGAACGUAGACUCAACAGGUCCCACAAAAGAGACAGAUGCAUCAAAAUCAGACAAGUUACCGAGCGACGAGAAUACAACGCCAGAUUCGGUCAAACCAGAAGACAUCCCAAAGGCUCUUGAGGGAGAUAAGGACGCGACAACAAUAGCGCUAUUACCGCGUGUGCUGCAGACUACCAAAAUGUACUUCUCGUCCGGCAACUUCUUCUACUCGUACGACUACGAUCUGUCGCAUAGCAUUGGAAAUCAGCCUACGAAUGCUAGUGUCCCGCUGUUCAAGCAGUACGAUCCUUUGUUCUUCUGGAAUCAGCACAUCGUUACACCCUUCAUCGAAGCUGGUCAGCAUUCGUUCGUCUUACCUAUUAUGCAGGGUUUCGUUGGACAACGUCCAUUCACGCUCAAGAUUGCGGAUGGCAAAUCGGACAGCUUGGUAAUUGACGAGGAUGCCACACCGGACGAUAUACAAUUGCAAUCGUGGCACGAAAAACAGGAGAAGGAAGGAGCUGCGGCAGCAGAGCCUGCCAAGGAAGAACCAGCAAAAGACGUCGCGGAUGGAAAAGAUUUUCUAAUCACUCUGAUUUCAAGGCGCUCGGUGAAGCGUGCUGGACUGCGCUACCUUCGACGUGGAACAGAUGAUGAGGGCUGCACAGCGAACACUGUCGAGACCGAACAGAUACUCUCGUCACCAACGUGGAACACAUCACAAGACAAGAUCUACUCCUUCAUACAGCUUCGUGGCUCGAUACCACUCUUCUUCUCUCAGUCACCAUACAGUCUGAAACCGCAAGUCACCACGUGGGGCUCCUUCGAAACCAACGGCCAAGCAUUCAAGCGCCACUUCAAUGACCUCGUGUCACGCUACAGCGAAGUCUACGUCGCCUCGCUCAUCGAUAAGCACGGUACUGAAGCUAAGAUCGGCGAACUGUACGAGCAGCAUGCCAAGGACCUUAACGAGCACGGUGGUCUCGACGGCAAAGGCAAGCAACUUGGCUUCGAAUGGUUUGACUUCCAUAGUGUCUGCCGCGGGAUGCACUUCGAGAACGUCUCCAAGCUCAUGGACAGUCUCGGCCCCUUCCUCGAGUCGACAGGCUGGACAGAGAUCUCCAACGACGAGAUCAAGCACAAACAAUCCGGCAUCCUACGCACAAACUGCAUGGACUGUCUCGAUCGCACCAACGUUGUCCAAAGCGCCACGGCUCGUGGCGCCCUCGAACAACAACUCUCGGCCGGCAACUACACCAUCGACCUCCAAAACGACCCCUCCACAUCUUGGUUUAACACGCUCUGGGCCGACAACGGCGACAAUAUCAGCCGUCAAUACGCCGGUACUGCCGCGCUGAAAGGCGAUUUCACACGCACACGCAAACGCCAGAUCACCGGUGCGCUGACCGACUUCGGUCUCACACUGACCCGCUACUAUAACAACAUCGUGAACGAUUACUUCGCUCAGGCAGUCAUCGACUACCUCCUCGGCCGGGCAACAGACACCAUCUUUGCCGAAUUUGAAGCUGACAUGAAGUUGUCGGACUAUUUCAUCGACGUCCGCAAAGUCCGACAAGCAGCCAUCGAACGCUGCGCUGCACGUGUUAUUGAGGAUGAAGACGAGGAUCUGAUACACGGAUGGACGCUCAGCGUACCUACCUCCGCGAAUCACGUCAAGACAAGCACGUUUGAGGAGGCUGUCCUUCUCCUUACAGAAAAAGCACUGUAUUUCUGCCGCUUGGACUGGGGCACAGAAAAGGUCCGCGAAUUUGAGCGCGUUGCGCUGGAGAACAUCCAGGGGAUUAUGCGCGGCGUGUAUAUCACAAGUACCCUUGCGCAACGACACAUGGAUGCUGAGAAGAACGUUGGGUUCGUGGUCAGGUAUCGGGCGGAUGCUGAUGGCGAGGCUAUAAGGAGGAACACAAGGGUGCUGGACUCGGGGGCUGCGAAUGAUGAGCAGAAGAGGGAUGAGAAGAAAGCCAAGUCCGAAGAGGGGAGGUUUCUGGCUUUCAAGGCUCUGCCGCCGCGGAGCAGUGUGCCGAGCGAGGGCGAGAAGGCAGAAAACGAAAUCGAAGUGGUGAAAGAGAUUUGUGAGGAGGUUGUUAGGAUUGCUAAUAAGGCGAAGAAGGCGACGCAGAUACCUGAGGCUGGUGAAGUUGUUGACGAGAGGACAUUGAGCGUUGAAGACGAGGAUAUCAUCAGUUUGGCGGAUGCGAAGAAGAGUACGGGGUAUCUGGAGCAGAUUGGAUAUUCGCUGAAAAAGCUGGUUUGGUAAGAGCAACCAAUUCUUCAUGACAUAGAGCAAUUAUGUAAACAGCAUGCAUCCGGAUAUAUAAACGACCGCUUACAGU